UACAAAGUGUUUGCAAAACACGAGUCAAACAAAACAUUAAAUUCAGUUAUAAUUAAAUAAAUUGUUAACAAAACACAUGUUUUAUUUAAAAAGCAAUCGAUGCCUACUAUUGGCAUACAAUCGGUUGAUGACCACAGCUGGUCCGAAUCACCAUGGGCAGUUUAUUCGCCAUAUGAGCGCCUUUCCCGUCGACCAAAUGCCUGUCUUCAAGAGUGGCCAGAGUUUGGACCGAUUGUACCCGAAAUCGUCGACCACUUCCACAACCAGUACUCAAACAAAGUGCCACUUGCCUUCAGCCGAUUGGCUGCCAUUGGAGACCAGAGAGAGAAUCAAAGAACUGCACAAGAAUACCAUCAAUAAAGACGGCCAUUGGAUCAUAAGAUCGGACAAAACUCGGGCCCAACUCAUGAAUUUGGCCGAUUGUAUGGACAAAAUGCGGUGUUAUAUCACUGAAGCCCAGCGCCAGCCGUACACGCCGUCCGUCGAGACCCUCGAGAAGAUCCGUGAGAACCGAGAAAAGGCUGCCGUAAGACGACUCGAACAGAAGAAGAACCGAUCGAUGGUUAAGUCCAGUCGGCGUUCAAUCGAUUAAAUGAAUGCAUUGUUUUUUAUUAACUUUUCAAUUAAAAUGUGUAUAAAAUGUCUUUAAAAAUAUGGCAAUAGUUUCGGUAAUAAUAAUAAUAAUAAUUAAAACAA